CCCCCGCGCCUCGUCAUCCGGGUAUGUGUGUUCAGUAGGAAGCGGAUCUUUCCAGAACAGCAGAGACUUUGGUCGAGUUUAGCUCAACACCUCACAGUCCAACACAGUCCAGCACAGACCAGCAGCGCGCGGCAUGGCCUACCCGGGAUAUGGCGGAUAUGGUGGGAUGCCAGGCAUGCCCAUGCAGGGGGGACCUAUGGGUGUCCCUCUAGCUGGAGGAUACCCGCCUCAAUAUGGAGCUUACCCUGGGACAUUUGCCCCACCCCCUUCCCAAGACCCCAUGUGGGGAUACUUCACCGCCAUAGCUGGGCAGGACGGUGAGGUGGAUGCUGAGGAGCUGCAGAGAUGUUUGACGCAGACUGGAAUCAGUGGCUCUUACAUGCCCUUCAGCUUGGAGACUUGUCGGAUUAUGAUUGCCAUGCUGGAUACAGAUUACUCUGGUAAAAUGGGCUUUAAUGAGUUUAAAGAGUUGUUUACUGCAUUAAAUGGAUGGAAGCAAAACUUCAUGAUGGUGGACCGGGACAACAGUGGAACCGUGGAGCCUCAUGAGUUGUCACAGGCUAUUGGUAACAUGGGAUACAGACUGAGCCCUCAGGCUUUGGGCUGCAUCAUCAAGCGCUUCAGCCGAGGAGGCAAAAUCUAUUUUGAUGACUACGUGGCCUGCUGUGUGAAACUCAGGGCUCUAACAGAGAACUUCAGGAGGAGGGAUGCUAUGCAGCAAGGAGCCGUGAACUUUCCGUAUGAUGAUUUCAUCACCUGCACCAUGGCUAUCUGAAGAUGUCUGAGAAAUACACCAGUCUGUACACAAAAGUGUAUGCAAAGUAUAUGCAAAAUAAUAUAUAUAAAUAUAUACACACUGUAUAUCUCAAUCACGUGCAUUUAGAAUGGCUACCUCGACCCAAACGUAAGUGCCAGUGGACGUCUGUUUUAGUGAAAUCUGUUUAUGGUCAGUAAGAAUUAACAUGUGACUAAAAUCUGCUUUUCUACCGUGAAGCCAUUUCAUGCCAGCCCUUUGUAAAGGGAUGCCCCACAUCACUGAGCCUGUUGUGUGCCAACAUAAUCUUUAAUAUUAUUUUUUAUAAUUAUUAUGCUGUUCUUAAUGUUUAAACAUUGUUACCAAUUUUGCCAAGAACAUGCUUAUACACUCCAUAUUAAAAUACUGUUAAUAAACUAUGUUUUAGUUUUAAA